AUGCCAAGUAGGACAGCUUCGCUAAGUCUACUUCGAAAAUGCGAAUAUGUUGCAUCUGGUCAAAUUGGCUCAUGUCGAAAAUCUAUGCUUACACGUGAAACACUACAACGGCCUAAACUAGGCGAACCUUUAACACGUGGACGACCUAAACAACCAAAGAAUUUUACUUAUGGUAAACCAAAUAAAUAUGAUCCGAACGGGAUUAUUGAAUGCUUAACUUGGCCAACUGAUGAAGAAACUAAAAUUAGCAUUGAUUCUGAAUGUUUGCCUAGAGAUUUUCAUCGAAUCAAUGUUGAAUCAGUAAAAGAAGGCAUACAUCCAGUGCCUGAUUGGCUAAGAUUUGCAAACGAGAAAGAUUACCGGUUGAAUGCUACAAAGCGCGUGUUAGGACGCUUGAAGAAGCCUAAAUUUCCGGAAAAUAUGUGCUUUGGUAAACCGUAUCGUCCACCGACACCAAUGGCUUGUGUAAUGUCGCAUGCAUAUAAAAAUCUAUGGGAUCAGCAAGCUCUGGAACACAACAAAGAUCGUAUGACUCAGUUGGCAAGAUCACAAAACGAUAUCCCACAACCGCUGGAUUCAACUGCGUCUAUUUUAAAUAUAGUACCAAUUGAAUGGAAUACACUGUCAAAACAAGAGGAUUCAGCACCAUACAAAAAACUGUGGAAGAUGCCAAGAUUUACUGGUGGGAAUAAGCGUAUAAAAACAUACUGGUCUGAACGUCAAAUACGCCGAAGAUGA